UUUUCAUUCUGAUUGGAAAUAGUAUAACAGCAGCCGUUGGUUGGUUUUGUGAAAGGUAAAGGAUAAAAAUGCAAACAAAGGAUGAAGAAAUGAGGAAGUGAUAAAAAAUAAAUAAAUGAAAUUUCUACUAAUUGGUGUUAAAUAUCAUUGUUGUAAAAAGAGGAAAAAUACAGUUGUAAACAUAUUCAAAAUUUUAUCGAAAAAAAUCGAACAAUUGUACAGUGAAUCAAUAUUGUGUAAGAGUUACUUGUAAAACUUGAAUUGCUGGUGAUUCCAUAGAACAAAUUGUGGAUCGCGUGAUCUACAUAUAUUUCGCUGCUAGAGUUAUUACACAUGGUAGUGCGACGUCUAUAUUUAACUUCUCUACACGAGAAAAAAAGUAAAAUUAACAAAAUUGUUUUUAGUUCAGGGCUGUGUGUAAAAACAUUAAAACGUGCGUAGCACACACCCACUUAUUUGCCGGCCGACUAAUACUAUAUAGCAUUGCACUUUUACUUUUAAUUUGAAAAUAGCAAUUUUGUUUUGUUGGUCGAAGAGGCAGCUGCUGAAACAUUGCAUUUGAGAAUAUACACCAAGUGUGACGACACCCAAGAAAUUAGUAAAGAAAAAAUCAACGCGUAGUAGUAACAAUUAAAAAGAAUAAGUGUCCACUAAGGCCUACUGAUAAGCAAUUAUUAUAAUAAAAUUUAUUCGUUGAUGUAAAUUAAUCUGAUAGCCGGAGUAAACAUUUUAUAGCUGCCAUUUACAAAAGUGAAAUAAAUUUUAUCUGUCGGGUUUGAUUGCAAAUGUUGAAUCAUGGUUACUGCGUCGCAAUGUACAACUGAGACAGUAUUUGAUUACAGUUGGAAGCAGGUCGUACAAGCUUACUGGAAUCGCUAUCCCAAUCCCUCAAGUACACAUGUUCUUACGGAAGACACAAUAGAGCGUGAGGUACGUGAUGGUAAAUUAUAUUCUCGCCGUUUACUAUCCAAAACAAAUCCAGUGCCAAAAUGGGGUAAACGUUUUUAUAAUAAUGCACCAGUGAGAAUUGUUGAGGAUUCGAUUUUAGAUCCGAAAAAUAAAACCCUAGUCACCUUCACGCGAAAUAUUGGAUUCAAAAAGAUAAUGAAAGUCGAUGAAAUAGUCGAAUAUAGCGAGCAGAAAGAUGGGCGAACUUUGGCUGUAAGGCGUGCCUCCGUUACUUCACAAGUAUUUGGGUUUUCACGUGCUAUACGCGCAUUUGGUAUUGAACGUUUCAAGUCUAAUUGCAAUAAAGCCGCGAUCGGGUUCAAUUAUGUACUGCGAAAUAUGUUUCCUAAUAAUGCUGCUUCAGCGAGUGCUACUAAUGGUGCAACGAAUGGCAAUGCCAGCGAAUCAGUGUCUACCGCUGGAACGAGCCAUAUACAGCAAACAACUUUGAAUAAAACUGAAACCGUUAAAAUGGCGGGCAAAGCCGGCUAUGCGUAUUUGAAAAACCAGGCCAUUAAAUUGGCGCAAAUAUUUUCCAUUAAAAAUUGAUAAAUAUUAUAAUGAGAAAUAGAGAACAAUUGUGGUAAUGAUCAAUUAA